CAGCAGCGCCGCGCAGACCCCGGACUCGUGCUCUUUCACCGGCGCCCUCGGCCUCUCCCCGAGCCCAGGAGCACCCUCCGCCGCGGCCGUUCUCCAUGCUCAGCGCUCGCCCGAGGAGCUAAAAGCUAGCUAGAAGCAGCGCCGGACCGUGGAUGGCCUUGACUGACGGCGGCUGGUGUCUGCCGAAGCGCUUUGGAGCCGCGACUGCGGACGCGGGCGACUCCGGGGCCUUUCCAUCGCGGGACCUCUCCACGCCGCCUUCCCCCAUCUCUUCCUCGUCCUCGUCCUCCUGCUCCCGGGGCGGGGAUCGUGGCCCCGGCGGCGCCAGCAACUGCAGGACGCCACAACUCGACACACAGGCGGUGGCGGGACCUGCGGCCCGCUCGUUGCUGCUCAGCCCCUACGCCUCGCACCCUUUCGGGGCUCCCCACGGACCUUCGGCUCCCGGGGUCGCUGGCCCCGGGAGUGCCUUGUCGAGCUGGGAGGACCUGUUGCUCUUCACUGACCUCGACCAGGCCGCGACCGCCAGCAAGUUGCUGUGGUCCAGCCGUGGCGCCAAGCUGAGCCCCUUUACACCCGAGCAGCCCGAGGAGAUGUACCAGACCCUCGCCGCCCUCUCCAGCCAGGGACCGGCCGCUUACGAUGGCGCGCCCGGGGGCUUCGUACAUUCUGCAGCAGCUGCAGCUGCAGCCGCGGCGGCAGCCAGUUCCCCAGUCUACGUGCCCACCACCCGCGUGGGUUCUAUGCUGCCAGGCCUGCCGUACCUGCAAGGGGCGGGCAGCGGGCCCUCCAACCAUGCGGGUAGCGCGGGGGCGCACCCUGGCUGGCCACAGGCAUCAGCCGACAGUCCCCCAUACGGCAGCGGAGGCGGCGCGGCCGGCGGUGGGGCCGGGGGCCCUGGCAGCGCCGGCUCCGCCUCGGCGCAUGCCUCUGCGCGCUUCCCCUACUCGCCGAGCCCUCCCAUGGCCAACGGCGCAGCGCGGGAGCCUGGGGGCUACACUGCAGCGGGCAGCGGGGGCGCGGGCAGCGUGAGCGGCGGCGGCGGGGGCAGCCUGGCGGCCAUGGGAGGCCGGGAGCACCAGUACAGCUCGCUGACGGCGGCGCGGCCGCUGAACGGGACGUACCACCAUCACCACCACCACCAUCCAAGUCCUUACUCGCCCUACAUGGGAGCGCCAUUGACGCCUGCCUGGCCGGCUGGACCCUUUGAGACUCCGGUGCUGCACAGCCUGCAGAGCCGCGCCGGAGCUCCGCUCCCGGUGCCUCGGGGCCCCAGUACAGACCUGCUGGAGGACCUGCCCGAUAGCCGCGAGUGCGUGAACUGCGGCUCCAUCCAGACGCCGCUGUGGCGGCGGGACGGCACCGGCCACUACCUGUGCAACGCCUGCGGCCUCUACAGCAAGAUGAACGGCCUCAGCCGGCCCCUCAUCAAGCCGCAGAAGCGCGUGCCUUCAUCACGGCGGUUGGGGCUGUCCUGUGCCAACUGUCACACCACAACCACCACCUUAUGGCGCAGAAAUGCUGAGGGUGAACCUGUGUGCAACGCUUGUGGACUCUACAUGAAACUCCAUGGGGUGCCUCGACCACUUGCUAUGAAAAAAGAGGGGAUUCAAACCAGGAAACGAAAACCUAAAAACAUAAAUAAGUCAAAGACUUGCUCUGGUAAUAGUAAUAAUUCUGUUCCCAUGACUCCAACUUCCACCUCUUCUAACUCAGAUGAUUGCAGCAAAAAUACUUCCCCUCCAACACAACCAACAGCCUCAGGGGCGGGUGCCCCAGUGAUGUCUGGUGCAGGAGAGGGCACCAACCCUGAGAACAGCGAGCUCAAGUAUUCAGGUCAAGAUGGGCUCUACAUAGGCGUCAGUCUGGCCUCGCCGGCCGAAGUCACAUCCUCAGUGCGACAGGAUUCCUGGUGUGCUCUGGCCCUGGCCUGAGCCCCUCCUGCCAAGAGGCAGGGAGGGCUCCACCCAAGUCCUUGCAUCUCUUAUGUCUGAUUUUUGUCCAGCAGCCCAGAUGGUGGCAACGAUGCAGACAGAACAUUCCUCCAAUGUGUGAUUUCUGUGCCUUUGUUUUGAAAGAGAUAUAUUUCCCCAUGAAGCUUGUUAAAAGAAUAGAAGAUGCGACUCUUCCGGGGAAGGGCUGGUGAAGCAGGAAUGUGGCCUGCUUCAUCUAGCCAGGGCCACCUCCAGCCAGCCUUUCUUUGGGUCAGCUCCUGCAUGGCUUGCAAAAACUGGGACUUGGGCCAGGGCCUUGCCUGCUAAGGAAGAUGGACAAAGAAUCUUGAAAACAAGGUUUUACGUGCAUUGUCCCCCAUGUGUUUCUUCUAAUCGAUUUUGGUUAUUCCAGAAUUUAUUCAUACCCGUUCCACAUGCAGAUUUCACAAAUGUUCAUGGAGAAGAUCAUUGGAGGCCAUUUGGUACACAUCCUGGAGGCUGAGUGGGUUCCUGGAACUCUUUUGUCAAAAUUCCUCAAUUUGCAAGACUGCAUAGUAAACUCUAAAUGUACACUGUGACUGACAUUUCUCGAAGUUCAUCUUGUGUGACUGAUCUGAGGUCAGUCGAAAUUUGUAAACAGGGUAGCAAACAAGAUAUUUUUCUUCCAUGUAUACAAUAAUUUUUUAAAAAAGUGCAAUUUGCGUUGCAGCAAUCAGUGUUAAAUCAUUUGCAUAAGAUUUAACAGCAUUUUUAUAAUGAAUGUAAACAUUUUAACUUAAUGGUACUUAAAAUAAUUUAAAAGAAAAAAUGUUAACUUAGACAUUCUUAUGCUUCUUGUACAUCCACAUCCCAUUUCUAUAUUCCCAAUAGAAAAACUAUUUCAAGAACAAAUCUUCUCUCAGGAAAAUUUGCCUUUCUCCAUUUGUUAAGAAUUUUUAUACAAGAACACCCACAUACACCCUUUCUUUUACUGUGGAAUACAUGCUGGAAAAAAUUGCAACAAAACUUUACUACCUAACAAAUAGCAUUUGUAAAUAUUCUAGGCAUCUGUAAACACUCUGAUGAAGUCUGUAUAGUGUGACUAACCCACAGGUUGGUUUACAUUAAUUUUUUUAAAAAAAUGGGAUGUCAUAUUGAAAACUAUUUCACCAGAGUUUUAAAAAAAUAAAAGGGUAUUGUUUUUGUCCUGUACA